AGAGCAUGGCUUCGUCUGUAGACCCCGAAGACUAUAACAUCAAUUCUGCAAAGCUGCACGAGCAAAACCAAAGGGUUUUAUCAGCACAGGAAAAGGCACAACAGGAGAAAGAGGAUGAAGAAGCUCUGGAACGGAUGGAAGCGAUGUUCAAGGGCAAACCGCUGCCAGAAGAAUGGGACCCGAACUCUCAUCCUGCUUUCAUGGUUGACGUGGACAGUGAGAAGGAGAAAGGAAAUCCAUUUGUGGAGGGGAUGGAGCUGCUGAAGACGCCUGACCCACCAGAGUACAUCGCUGAGACCCUGAAGGACAAGGGGAACGCAGCCCUCAAGCGAGGACCCAAGUACUACGAGGAUGCUGUGAAAUUCUACACUGAAGCGCUGGAGGCCAAGUCGCCGCUACCCCAGCAGAACGCCAUCUUGCUGUGCAACAGAGCAGCCGUCCAGCUGCUGAGGAAGAACUGGGGGAAGGUGAUAGAGGAUACGAGGGAGGCUAUUAAGCUGGACCCCUCCAACAUCAAGGCUUACUACCGGUGCGCGAGGGCUCAGGCGGGGCUGCAGAAGUGGAACUUGUGCGUGGAGGUCUGCGACGAAGGGCUAAAGGUGGACCCGUGCAACAAGGAGCUGCUGAAAGAGAAGGAGGCGGCGAUGGGGAAGAUGAAGCAGAAGGAGGAGGAGAUCCGCAAACGGGAGGCGCAGAAAGCGAAGGAGCUGCUGGCAGAGAGCAGCAAGACGAGGAACGUACGCAAGGCUAUCGAGGAGCGAGGAGUGCGUAUGGGGGAGUGCGUGUAUGGUGGGAUGGUGAGCCAGUCAUCACGAGAAGCCUUUCUUGAUGGUAGAGGAAACAUACAUUGGCCUCUUCUCGUCAUCUACAACGAGUUUGAUCAGUCUGACUACUUUCAGG